GUGCAGAAAAUGGCGGGACGGCUCCUUCAGCUCCUCGCCUUGUGGACUAUAGUGGUCGGCGUUGUGCAGUGCUGUCCAGAGCUCUGCAGCUGCCAGGAUAAAUUUGCCCACCAGUUUGCUGACUGUGCUUACAAAGACCUGCUGGUGGUCCCCCUGGGUCUGCCCUCCAACGUUACCACCGUGAGCCUUUCUGCCAAUAAAAUCAAAAUACUGAAAAGUAAAAGCUUCAUCAAUAUCACGCAGGUCACCUCUCUCUGGCUGGCCCACAAUGAGAUAGUUACCAUAGAAACGGACACCUUGGCCGCCCUCGUCCAGCUCCGCAACCUGGACAUCAGCUACAACAAAAUUGUGAACUUUCCGUGGCAGGAUCUGCUCAACCUUACAGCCCUGCAGCUUCUCAAAAUGAACAACAAUGAGAUGCUGAGCCUUCCUAAGGACGCCUUCUCCACUCUCAAAGACCUGAGGUCGCUGCGCAUCAACAACAACAAGUUCACCACCAUCGUGCAGGGCACCUUUCAUGCUCUCACCUCCAUGUCACACCUUCAGAUUUUUAACAACCCCUUCACAUGCUCCUGCAGCCUGGAGUGGCUGAGGGAUUGGAUUCUGACAACAAAGAUUUCUGUCCCAGAGCCAAAUUUAGUUUCAUGCGAGGCCCCUGAACACCUGAAGGGCACAAUGGUUACAUUGAUUCCCAAACUGGAUUGCAAAGCCCCCACUGUCAAAAUCUCCUACGAGCCCAACAUUGAGAACACUGAGCUCUACGAGGGUUCAAUGGUUAUCUUAAAUUGUGAGGCACUAGGCAGCCCCACACCACAGGUCAGCUGGGAGGUCACUGCAGGAAAUCAGAAUAAUUUGUUCCCCUUGCCCUCUACUGGAGAGGCAAAUGAUGUGCCAAUUAAUGAUAAAACGACCAACAAUCGUUUCCUCAUCUUUAGAAACGGCUCUCUCAUCAUCCCUCACAUGAGCAAAAAAGAAGAUGGGAAUUACAGCUGCUCUGCGGUGAAUGAUUUAGGUAAGGCAGAGAGCGGUGUUAAACUGGCUAUGACAGGCACCCCGAAAAGUGGCAGCGAUUCAACGGUGGACAAGAUCCGUCCAUCUGUAAAAAAGCCAGAGCCCAAGAUGUCCAAAACUAAUGACAUAAACUGGACCAAGCCUGACGAAAAGACAAAGGGCGGUGCUGACUCAUCAGACAAAAAUGCUGUGACGGGGCAGGGCGAUGGCUCAAAGAACCCCAACUUUGCAAGCAAGUGUGGCGUGAGAGAAAGCAGUGAAUACAUCACUAACCACGCCUUCAACCUGAGCUUGGAUGACCUGAAGCAGUACACGUUUGAUUUUGGUGUUAUUGCAUUAGAAGUGUCGGAGACAGAGGCCAAAGUGCAGCUGAAUCCCCUGCAGCUUCCCAGCAGCAAAUCUAACCUUCAUCUGAGCCACACUGAAAACCAGGAAACAGUCAAUAAAGAAGCCAUCGGGCUGUUACAGUCCUCGACCAGUAAAACCACACUGGACAUGCUGUACCUCUGUGUAAAUACAGGCAAUGGACACUCCAUGGUUCAGUGGUCCAAUAUAGAGGAGGGGGUUAACGCCUACCGCUUCCAUGGUUUACAGCCUGGCACCAAUUACACACUUUGUCUGACUUAUGGGGGACAGGACUGCCAAGUCCAAGUAGUGUUCACAACCAGGAAGAAGAUCCCCUCCCUGCUCAUCAUUGUGGUUGUCAGCAUUUUCCUACUGGGCCUGGCCACUGUUCCGUUACUGGGGGCCACCUGCUGCCAUUUGUUGUACAAAUACCAAGGGAAGACCUACAAGCUGAUCAUGAAGGCUCAGAAUCCGGACCAGAUGGAGAAACAAAUGACUGGAGAUUUUGAUCCCAGGGCGUCUUUUGUGGAGUCAGAGAAAACCUUCGACCCCAGCGAGUUAGGAGAGGGGGAGGGGGAGGCCGAUGGGGAGGACGGAGACGGAGAGGCUGAUGGGAGCGUGGUGACGUCCAUCCCCGGAUCCUCAUCCAAAACCAACCCGGAGGAGUUUGAGGUGGGCUCGGAGUACAGUGACAGGUUACCGCUGGGGGCAGAGGCAGUCAACAUCUCGGAGGAGAUCAACGGGAACUACAAGCAGCCCAGCCGCUGAGCUCUGCGAGUACACUGUAACAUAUUUUACUUUAAGUAGCCUUACAUCCAAGCAGGUAACUCACCCACCAUUUAUUCACGUGAACAACGAUGGCUUAUCAUGCAUAAAAAAGGUGGAUCUUGUAAAAAAAUUUACCUCAGAAAGUAGUCCGUCGAUCACCUGAGAUUGUGAUUUGAUUCAUGUGGCAUUUGUAGUCUACUGUACGGUUAAAAUAAGCAACACGUUUACAAUACAAGCACAUAUUUCUACAGUUUAUAAGAUCUUGAAACUGACAGGAAAGCAGCAAAAAUGUUCUCUUUCUGCAGGACAGUGACACACGGGCAAUAUUGUGCACACGUCGAGGUGCGGAGUUUGCCGGAGUUACGCGUAACUGAAAGGAGAAACAGAUAUUGAAUCACCGUUUUGGAGAUUACAAAAACAAAAAGUGCCAUAUGUUUUAAAGCGAUUUAAAAAAAACUCACACCUGGGGCCAAUUGCUCUUUCUUAACUGGGUCUGAUGUGGAUGAGAAAGAAAUCUCAUAGUUACCAUCUCCUCAGGUGUCGCCACUCCGGCUCCGCUUUACGCAUCCAGUCGCAGAUUUGGAUGAAGAUGUUUCAUUAAAUGAUGCUAGCUCACACAUGGGUGUCGGUGCUGAUUUGCCCACUAUCAUGUGAGUCCAAAAAUGAAAAUAUCACUCUUAACUGUGUUGUGCUUCACGGGAAAUCCCAUGUUAUAUACCAACAAAAUGUUGUUUGACGUAAUGUAAGGCUUUAAAAAUGUGCGACUUUAACCUCUUCAUCCACGGGUGCUUGCUAUCCUCUCGCUUUUUACAAUUAACGUGUCCAUGGCAUGUCACACGUAUUUCCUUGUGUGGUUUUUAUUAGUGUAGUGUAGAGGACUUUAGAUGUUACUGUCUAACUGUGAUGUAAAGCCAUGUGAAUUUAAAUUAUUAUUUUUUUUACGGUAAGUUUCUAUGAAGCCUCAACGAAAGGGCGCACUGACUGUCUUGUAAUUGGAUAUAGUGAGUUUUUGUGAACUGUUGUAAAACGAAACUAAAAACAAAAUCCGUGACCUUUCAAGAUUUUUUGAUAUCAUUUUAUGUAAGUGGAAUUAAUAAAACAUGAAACUA